AUGGAGAAGAAAAAAGAUGUUGUUGUUGUUGAUGUUAAUGAUGGAUUGAAUGAUGAUGGGUUGAAUGAUGAUGGGUUGAAGAUGAACAAAGAUGUUGUUGAUGUUCAUGAUGGAUUGAAUGAUGAUGGGUUAAAUGAUGAUGGGUUGAAUGAGAAAGAAGAUAUUGUUGUUAAAGAAGAUAUUUCUUUUGUUGAUGUUGUUGAUGGGUUGGAUAAGAAAGAAGAUAUUGUUGUUGUUGAUGAUGAUGUUGAUGUUGAGAAGGAAAACAAAGAUGUUGAUGUUGAUGUUGAUGUUGAGAAGGAAAACAAAGAUGUUGAUGUUCUGAAUGAGUUGGAAAAGGAGGCUGAGUUGAAGAUGGACGACAAUGAAGAUUUGGCCACAAAGAAGAAGGAGUUCGGCACGAAAAAGAAAGAGUUGAGCACAAAGAGGAAGGUGGAGUUGGCCAAGAAGAGGACGGAGGAGUUGGCCAAGAAGAGGAAGGUGGAGUUGGUGAAGAAGAAGGAUGGUGAUCAGGAGUUGGAGAAGAAGAAGGAUGAUGAUGUAUUAGAAAUGACUCCAACAAAAUUUUUGGGAAAGCAAUUUCAGAGAAAGAAGAAGUCCACAAAAUUGGGGAACUACACAAACCCUAAUGGAAAAACGUUUAAACUCAAUGAUCCAGUAACUGUCAAUCCUCUUUUAGUCUUUUUCUUCACUAUGUUCUCUUACUAA